CGUCUGACAAUUGCAUAUUCCUUCAAAUCGUCACUAUUUUCGCGUCGAAAUCACUAGUCCCUCACCAUGUCCAAACUCUUUGUCGGCGGCCUCGCCUGGGCCACAACCAGCGACACUCUCCGCGCCAAGUUCAGCGAAUUUGGUGAGGUCACUGACGCUAUUGUCAUGACCGACCGUGAGACUGGCCGAUCAAGGGGCUUCGGAUUCGUCACCUUCAGCAACCAGGACGACGCUAGCGCUGCCAUCAACGCUCUGAAUGAGCAGGAAUUCGAGGGUCGCCAGAUCCGCGUCAGCGAGGCCAACCAGGGUGGUGGUCGCGGUGGUGGCCGUGGAGGCUACGGCGGCGGCGGCGGCUACGGUGGUGGUGGUGGCUACGGCCGUGGCAGCGGCGGUGGUGGAUGGAGAGACUAAGUCACGGUAUUUUCUUGAUUUAGGACGGCUGAGUUUUAUGAUUCCCUCUCGGUUGGCACGAUGGACACGGGAGAACGCACAAGUCUGACGACUGCUACAAAGCACUGCAGCGGAUAUGGGUUUCGCGAGGAAAACAAUUCAUAGCAAUACACUCGGAUCACACCAUUAAAUAAUCUCCCAUCUUUGCUUGCAUAUCUGUAGUCUUUGGCUUUGACGUAGUGGCGAAUCGCGCUGCGUGGUUCGCGUCGGAGCCGCAGAGGUGAGUUGCGUUGCUGGGUCCAUAAGGGACAUAGUGCCAGAGCUACAGGAUACUAUAAUGCAUAUAGACUUCAAACUUUACUUAAACCGCA